AUGCCCUACAACACUCGCCGGAAGUCUCUCUCCCUGCCCUCGCUGGGCAUCCAUCUCCCGAAUGGGUCUCGUGUACACCGCCCGAGUCUGAAGGCUACACCAACCCCCGACACCACUCAAUCUCCUCCUGCAAAGAAAUUGAAACGCUCCCACGACUCCGAUGAGCCUCUCUCUCCUGUGUCGUCGCCUCGAUCCAAGACCGGCUCUCCUGCCCUCGGCCUGCCCGAGCCUACUCUAUUGCCACGAGGACCCCCCUCAGAGCAGACGCCUCCACCUUCCCCCAGGCUUGAUGCGCAGCCUGCACGGAAGAUCGAUACUGAAGGCAUAAACGACGACAUUGUCAUUGCGGUCAUUGCGCAAUUGGAGAAGACGGGCAACCGUCCGCACCUCAUCAAAGAUCUCGCGGCCAUUCUCGCUUCUACAAACUCGAGCAUUGCACAUUCUGCAAACCCAGCUGCCCUCCUAUCCUCCCGUCUCAGCCUGUAUCUGAAACGCCCAUGGACCGCAUUGUCACCGUGCCCUCUGGCGAAAGAGCUUAUACCCGUUCACCCAAGAAAGGUGUUCUUCUUCCUCACCACUCAACCACGCCUUCCAUUGCCCACCUCGUCGGACGAUAUCCUCCCGCCAUCCAUUGUCAAAGCCAAGAUUCUCACUCCGAGUGUCUCUGAGCACAGCCAAACUGAGGACGAGAUAGACUUGGAGCAGCGGGAAAGAGCACGGUUGUCACCCAGUCCGGAAGUAGAACUCUACUCUCCAGAAUUGGACCAAGAAGACCCCAUGCGACCCCCUACCCCUGGCGAGCCCUACAGCAAUCGCAGUAGCUUGAAUCCAGACGGCCUGGCUGAAGUGCGGCGCAGACCAAAUCGUGCCCCUAGCCCACCGCUCGAGGCCGAUGAGAGGGGAUUCACCGAAACAGCCACCGCUGUGCGUGCUCGUGGCGUGAGCUUGCACGGUCUCGUCGUCCAGCCCUCGGUUGAGGUGGACACAACCAUGGUUGAAGUGACUGAAGAGACCCCAGAGCAGCGCCAGAGCCGUGACCGUGAACUGGGAAUGGAACUAUUUGGACAGUCGCAUCCAGGCCUCAACCCUCCCGAGCAGAAACUGUUUUCCAGCAGUCCCAUGAUCCAAGCAAGACAAGACCCUUCCUCUACCAUGGGGAGGAUGAAUGCGGGACUACAACUGGACGAUCUCGACAUUGAUGAAUCUUCCUGGGCCAUGAUGAGUCCCGAGCAGAUUGAUGUCGACGAACUUGACGUUCUAUUCACAGGCUUUUGA